AUGCCACGACGACUGCCCAACCAGGUCCCUCAGACCGUCUCCCGCCUGCUCGAUGCCGGCUUCCUCAAGCGGCCCCCGGCAUGGUACGAGGCCGUCACAAACCACCCGCCCGCCCCUACUCCUCCCCGCCACGCCAUCGCGCGGCCCAACGAUGACCUUCCCCUCUCGCUCCGCACCAAGCCACCGCGAUCCCACCCCGCCUCUGGCUCCAAGCCCAAGGCGCUCGCAGCACCCGCUGCCGCCUCCGCCGCCCCCAAAAAGGCGUCGGCGCCAUCUCCGGCCGCCCGCUUCCACCAGCGCGACGUCAACAACUCCAAAAAGAAGCUCCGCGCCCAAGGCCCCAAGCUGGCACCCAAGCCCAUCAUCUACGACGAGGACCGCCUGCGCAGGCAGUUCUUCCGUGACCACCCGUGGGAGGCCUACAGGCCAAAGACGCUCGUCGAAAUGACCGACAAGGUCGGCACAGAGUCCCGCGUCAAUGGCGACCCCCGCAAGCUCACCUCCUACGGCCGCAACCCUAGCGUCGAAGACUUCAUCGCCUGUACGCUGGCAGCUCACCGCAACGGAGGGCUCUCGCUCUCGCAGGCCUACCACAACACGCUCUCGUCGUUCUACGCCAUCAAGGCCGAGCAGGAGCACGCCCGGCGCUACGCCAUCCUCGAGGCCAAGUACUACGGCGCCGACCUUGGCAGGAGCGAGACCCAGCGUGGCUUCGAAAAGGAGGACAAGGCUCUCGAAUCCUGGGCUGCGUGGGCCUCGGGCGACCUCCAGGCCGCCAGCGCCGACGACCCGAGGGCGGCGAUAGAGGCGCAGCUAGCAAAGGCGCCGAGGGUCAAGCGGACCGACGAGACCUUCACUGCGGGCGAGAGGUACCUCGAGGCCGCACAGGCCUUCCGCGAGGGCAAGCUCGAUCUUUCCGCCCUGGGCAUCGGACCAUCUGCGUCCACCCCCCUCUCGGCUCUCGCGUCUGCACCCUCUGCUGACGCUGCGGCUGCACACGACCAGUCCAACGGCGUCGACUUCCUUGGUCUGAGGCAGACGGCGAUCCGGAGCGGCGAGGUGGGCCCGGAUGAGGCAGAGGCGCUCGCAGCGACCAUCGAGGAACCCAGCGCGUCGGACGUCGCCAGCCCGCAGGACGACCAGAGGUUCCGCAAGAGGGUCGGGACAAGAGGCCAGCGAAUCUAG